CUUAGUAUCGCAGCUGUACGACUUAACAUUUUUUAGAUUGACGACGUUAGAAGCGAAGGGCGCGGCUGCGUCACUUUAAUCAGAGAUGCCAGCGUAUCACAGCGUUUACAACGAAGACACUACAGCUAAGCAAAUCGGUAACACUUCGAUUCUUCCGUUCAAGUCACAGUAUAGAGGUGUAGCCCCAUUACCACCAAACAGCGAGGAUUACGUCGAUAUUAUCACGGAGUCUAUUCUCUUGUUUAGAGCCAACAGCUUGUUCAGAAACUUUGAAAUAAAGGGUGGUGCUGAUAGGUUGUUGAUAUACCUCAUCUUGUUUAUAUCAGACUGCAUCGCAAAGUUAUCAAAAACAGAGCCAAAUGUCAACGAAGCAUCUAAGCAACUGCACACUCUAGCUGUCGACUCAUUCGCCUUGCCUGGUGAAGCCGGUUUCCCAUUGAACUCACUCUACGCACCAGCAGGAUCACGUAUGGAUGGAGAUUACCUACGCAGCUAUCUCACUCAAGCCAGAGUAGAGACCGUCAACCGUCUUAUACCAAUCUUCUACUCAGAGUCACAGGACAAGCCAUCGAAGUGGUGGAUGGCAUUUAAUAAACGCAAGUUCAUGGGAAAAUCUCUCACCGUUUGAAUAAUUUUAUCUUGUCUCCAUAAAUUUUUUCAUAUAUCUCUUGCUUUCAU